AUGGCUCCCAUCCGGUCGGUAAAAAAACAGCCGCACGGCACGAAACCCGCCACAGGAAGCGGAGUUUCCAAACCCUCACUGUUUGACGACGAUUUUCGGACGACGAAGAAAGACAAGCGCCUGAUCAAACAUUCGAGCUUUGUAUCCAAGAUUGAAAAGAGCUCUGGAAAGUCCAACAAGCGCCGCCGAGCCUCCAAGAAACUUGUCGCCAACCUCGAAUCGCUAGCCGAUGCUUUGCCUGAAGCUGAGACGGAGAGCAAUGGACCCGGUCAGGUAAACAUCAUCAAGCAGAAGACUCUGAAACAUAGACCGGGUGCUCAGAAGCGCAAGGAGAAACUUGAAAAAUCGGAGCGUGAUCGGUUUGCGAAAAACAUGGCGCAGAUGUCGAACAUUCCUAUAACGGCCACGCCGAACUCAGAGCCAGCGGCUGCGGAAUCAGUAUCAAACCGAUGGGCUGCUUUGCGGGGUUUUAUCUCCCAGACGAUGGAACACCAACCUGCCUUCAAGUCAAAUAAGUGA